GGACACACACACCCCCUCGCGGGCCCUCAUGCAGAAUUUAAAUCCCCCUUCCCGUAAGCUCAGUACUACAGUAUUCAAGGUGCGGCUCGAGCAAUAACAGGUGGAAAGGAGAUCAAGAACCACAACAAUAUUGUGUUUACUAAAGCCAACAGAAACGUAUUUAUUUAGUCAUUUAAAAAAUAAUCGAUAAAAUAUUUUUAUUUUUAAAGAUGGCAAACUCGGGAAUUCAACUUUUAGGAUUCGCCCUGUCACUCGUCGGUGUCAUUGCACUUAUCGUGGGGACCAUUCUUCCACAAUGGAAGAUGUCUGCGUACAUAGGAGACAACAUCAUAACGGCGGUUGCCAUGUACCAAGGACUAUGGAUGUCAUGCGCUUUUCAGAGCACAGGGCAGCUCCAAUGUAAAAUCUACGACUCGAUCCUGCAGCUAGACGGCGCUCUCCAGGCCACCCGUGCCCUGAUGAUUGUUGGCAUCAUCGUAUCCAUCGCUGGGCUGGGCGUGGCCACCAUGGGCAUGAAGUGUACCACCUGCGGAGGAAACAGAAAAGUGUGGAAGUCUCGCACCGCCAUGACUGGAGGCAUCAUCCUACUGGUUGGAGCUCUGUGUGCAUUAGUGGCCUGCUCGUGGUUCGCUCACAAUCUCAUCCGGGCCUUCUAUAACCCAUAUACUCCUGUCAACACCAAGUUUGAGUUUGGGGCAGCCAUCUUCAUCGCCUGGGGGGGUUCUUUCCUGGACCUGCUGGGGGGAGCCAUGCUGGCAUCUUCCUGCCCCAGGAGUAAAAAGCCGGUGCCCAAAUACCCUGUCAUGAGUGGCGUGAGUGCUCGCUCACCAUCCAGCAGCACCAAGGAGUACGUGUGAGCUAAAUCAUGCUGCCAGAUUAUAAUGAGAUUCAUGAGGUUUUAUAAUGAGGUUUACAGAUAUGCCCCCCCCACCCCACCCCACCAGGACCGUUGUGAUGUCUCUCACCCGCUCCCAAAAUUCCACAAUUGUUUAUGAGUGGGCCUCACAAAUACACUAUAAUUGGUUAUUGGAUCCCCCUUAUAUUAUGCCUUUGUGUAAUAUGAGAACAUGCACCCUAACACACACACACACUUCUCUUAUUACAGCCAAGAUGCAGCAUCAUGGCAAACACUCACCUCCCUGUAAGAAACACUGUCUACUUAAAUGAACAUUUCCAUUGUGAUUGAAGGUAGUCAAUUAAACUUGUUGUGGUGCUAAGGUCCUACUCMUGGCAUACUCAUGGGACAGCUAUGUAUGUAAAAUAGGAAACGGGACUAGCGCACCACCAGUACUUUUACAAUGGAGUUUUCUGUAGACCGUCUCCAAUUGUGUUCAAUGUUCAAGCCAAAUGGAACUUCACACUAGUUGUGAGUGACUGUACACGCUAUGGUGAAUCACCAGACAAUUCACUAUUGCACUCCAAAAGGGAGGGGGCUUUUCAUACAGGCCUGCAAUCUACUCUGUCCCAUUAUAAAAUCUCUCAGAACAGUCAUUCUCAACAGGUGCAUUAUUACAAGAAGUGUUUGUUUUUAUUAUUGUACUACAUAAUAUACAGUGCAUUCGGAAAGUAUUCAGACCACUUUCCAUGAUCCACAUGUUGUUAGGUUACAGACUUUAUCUAAAAUGUGUAAAAUACAUUUUUUCCUCAUCAAUCUACACGCAAUGUCCUAUAAUGGCAAA